AUGGCGCCCGACGAGAAGAAGAAGGACCCUAGGUCCUGGCGUGGACUUACACCUCCCCUGGCCGAAUGGAUCCUCGAUUUCGUCUCUAGUCAAGGCUUCCAGCGCAUGACGCCUGUCCAGGCAGCAUGUCUGCCGCAGUUCCUCGGAAACAAGGACGUCGUAGUAGAGGCCGUCACUGGUAGCGGCAAAACUCUUGCUUUCCUCCUCCCCCUAGUCCAGAAGCUCAUGCGCCUUCCCGAGCCUACGAAGCGCGGCCAUGUCUUUGCCAUCAUCGUGUCACCGACCCGCGAGCUUGCGAUCCAGAUUCACUCCGUUCUCCAGGCCCUCGUCGGCUUCCACCCACCCUCUGCCGAGAUCCUCCCUCACCUCAAGGAGGACGAGAAGCGCCCCGACACCAACGUCCCGGUUAUCGUUCCCCAGCUUCUCGUCGGAGGAAACACGACGACGCAGCAGGACCUCAGCUUCUUCGUGAGACAUGCCCCCAAUGUCCUCGUCUCUACACCCGGCAGACUUGUCGAGCUGCUGGCCUCUCCCCACGUCCACUGCACGCAAGCGACCUUCGAGUUGUUCAUCAUGGAUGAGGCGGAUCGUCUGUUGGAUAUGGGUUUCAAGCAGGAUAUUCAGAGGAUUCUUGGGUAUUUGCCGAAGCAGAGGAGAACGGGUCUGUUCAGCGCGUCGGUUUCGGAGGCUGUGUCCCAGAUCAUCACCGUCGGUCUAAGGAAUCCCGUCAAGAUCGCAGUCAGGGUCAAGAGCUUGAGGGAUGGAGGAAUCAUCGAGGACCGGAAGACACCCAUCAGUCUGCAAAUGUCGUACCUCCUCACCCCAGCGAGCAAGAAGCUGCCAGCGCUUUGCAAGUUGCUGGAGAACCUCAACCCCCGCCCGCAACGGAGCAUUGUCUUCCUGUCAUCAUGCGCGGCCGUGGACUACUUCCAACACGUCCUCCCAACCAUUCUCCCCGACGGCUUUACACUCGUGCCGCUGCACGGAAAGCUUCCUCCCAAGGCUAGAGAAAAGAGUUUCGCCAAGUUCGUCAACUCAGUUUCACCUUCCAUCCUCCUCUGCACAGAUAUCGCCGCCAGAGGUCUUGAUAUUCCUCAGGUUGAUUUCGUCUGCCAAGUCGACCCUCCCGCAGACCCCAAGGUCUUCAUCCACAGAAGCGGACGCGCAGGCAGAGCAGGCCGAAAGGGCUUGGCCGUGGUCUUCCUGCAGCCUGGCCAUGAGGAGGACUACAUCCCCUUCCUCGAAGUCCGCAAGACGCCCAUUCACCCUCUCACGAAACCCGAAGUAGAGAUCUCCGAUGAAGAAGCAAACGAAACAUCAGAAAAGUUCCGCGCCGUCUUGCGCAGCGAUCGCGCUUACCACGACAAGGCCCAAAAAGCCUUCGUCAGCUGGAUGCGCAGCUACGGCGCCCACCAGACGACCUCCAUCUUCCGCGUAAAGGACCUCGACUGGGCUGACCUCGGCAAGGGCUGGGGUCUGCUUCGUCUCCCGCGCAUGCCCGAGACGAAGACCUGGGACGGCGACAAGUGGCUCGGCAACGAGGGCUUCGACUGGGACAACUUCACAUACAAGGACAAGACCCGCGAAGCGGCACGACAGGCAGCGAUCGAGGCGGAGAGGAACGGAGAGAAGGCAGCCGCGGCAGACGCGGUGAAGAAGAAGCGCAAGACCAACGAGGCAUGGAGCAAACAGACUGACAGGGAAGAUCUGAGAGUUGAGCGCCGGGAGAAGAGGAGACGCAAGAAGGAGGCCGAGAGGAUGUCGACGAUGACGGAGGAGGAGAAGAUCAAGGCCAUGGAGCUGAACGAGCUGAUUGUCGAAGUGAGGAAACGGAACCAGGCCAAGGCAGCGAGCGGAAAGGACAAGGAGGACGAGUUUGGGGGGUUCGAUGAUUAA